CAUAACCUGAAUAUUAUGAUAAGUAGAAAUAAUUAUUGAUAUGAUAAUUUGUUGUGCUUGUUACACGUAUCAAUUUCUAAUAUAUAUGAAUAAAUGAAUUCAAACAAAGCGCGGCAAUAUGUUCAAAUUUAAGAAUUAAUCAUAUGUAACCAAGCAACUAAAUAGUUUGUAUAAUAAGUGAAUUUUUCUAUUCGUUUACUGUUAUCUCAAGUUUGAUUUUUGAUAUCAGACGUGAAGUACUUUAUAUAAAUAUAAUUUUCUGAAUAUUUUUCAAAAGUUUCUAUAUAACAUUAAAUUAUAUUGUCUCUUUUAUGAGAAUGGUAUCAAUAGAAUUAGAAGAAAAUGAAGUAAUUACAAACCUUAUUCUUGGCCCUCCAAUAGAGUAUGCGAAACGAAAGAGAUAUGUUUCUAAAUAUAAGGAAUGUAUAAAAGCAGAAAUUAAGAAAGAAAAAUAUGCACAUCGUACAUUUGGUCCACCAAAAGUACUGUUACAAUUACCAUCUCAAUAUUUGAAAAAAAGAAGCCGGAAAGAAUAUCGCAAAACGGGUAUAGAACAUGUACAUAUUCGUAAUCCAGAAUAUCAACAAAAGUUACCAUCAUGGGUCCCAAUAAAAAUGAAAAUUAAAGAAAAAUGUGGAGAGUUGCCUAUAGAUCCUGUAAAAUUAGGGCAUAUCAAUUUUAAAAAACAGAAUAUUAUUGAUGUUAAAAAAUUUCAUCCCCAUAAACUUAAAGAACGAUAUGUAGAUACACGGUAUGGAGACUCUCAUGAUCUAAAAUCUAGUGGAUUAUAUCCUAUUUAUAUACAUAGAAAGGGCUUUGGAAAACUUCCAAAAAUUAUGAAGAAAAUAAAAUAUGAAGUAAUGAAUAAGGAAUUAAAAGAAGAUAAAUCAAAAAAUGAUAAACGUAUUGAUGAACUUAAAUACCACUGCAUCUCUGAAGAAGAAAGAAAAGAACUUUUAGAUGGACUGAAAAAAAGGUGGGAUGAAAUAAUGAAAGAAUUUCAGUGUUUACCAUUUAUAAUUGAUACUCCACCAAAGGUACAGAGAAAGGCAAAACUAGAACAUGAAUUACGGCAACUUGAGAAAGAUAUUGCAACUCUUGAAAGACAUUCUUACAUAUGUGUUAGUAAUGAUAAUGAAAACGAAUGAAAAAAAAAAAGUACACUUGUAAGUAUUCAAAAAUAAGACCUUGAAAGGCUACAUCAUUGAUCAUAUUUUUAACUAUAUGAAAAAUAUUUAUUACAUACAUUUAUUGAAAUUUAUUAAUAAGUGAAGCAAUGAUAGAUAAUGAU